UCCGGGACCCGCUCAGGAAAGCGGUUCAGGGUGCUCCGGGGUGAAAAGUCCUUUGGCUGUGUCGAGGCUGGCACUUCCGGGGAAGUCACCCCCACUAAACAUCCACCAUCCUGAUUUUUGUGUCUCACACAGGUCCCUGACUAAGUGAAGCGGAGCCUUUAGGGUUAGCUAAAGUGGAUGCCACAGUGCAGCCUCUUGAUGCAGCCUGGAUCUAGCCGGUGUGAUGAGACUCCUUCCCUCCUGUGGGGUUUGGAUCCUGUGUUUGUAGCCUUUGCGAAACUCUACAUCAGGGAUAUCCUGGCCAUGAAGGAAUCCCACCAAGUUCCAGGUAUCUUUUUGUAUAAUGGGCAUCCAAUAAAACAAAUAGACAUCCUGGGAACCGUCAUUGGAGUGAGAGAAAGAGAUGCUUUCUACAGUUACGGAGUGGAUGAUAGCACAGGAGUUAUAAACUGCAUCUGCUGGAAAAAGCUGAGCAAUACUGAGACUUCCCCAGCUGCUCCAAGCUCGGCAAGAGAGCUGAGUGUGAUCUCAGAGCUUGAGAAGCUGCAAGAGACCAUCGAGCAGAGAACCAAGAUAGAAAUUGGGGACGUUAUCCGAAUCAGAGGCUACAUCCGCACAUACAGGGAAGAGCGGGAAAUCCAUGCUGCCACUUACUAUAAAGUGGAUGACCCGAUGUGGAACAUUCAAAUUGCAAGAAUGCUUGAGCUGCCUGAUCUCUACAGGAGAGUAUAUGACCAGCCCUUCCACAGCCAGGCCUCAGAACAAGAAGAGGCAAGCAGCAAUCCAGGUGCCCUGGACCUUGCCAGCCUCACGUGUUUGCUGAGUGAAAAAGUCAAAGAAUUCCUCCUGGAGAAGAAAGUGCACACCUUCUACCAGCGGGAGUUGGAAGCGGUGGCCUCCUUGCUGUCCCUUGCCAAUCAGCCUGUGAUUCGUGGCCCCAGCUCCAACCAGAUGGAGUUUCAAAACACCACCACUUCCAAGGCCAUUCAUAGUAUAUUUAAGAAUGCUAUACAGCUGCUGCAGGAGAAAGGACUCGUUUUCCAGAAGGAUGAUGGUUUUGAUAACCUGUACUAUGUAACCAGAGAAGACAAGAACCUGCACAGAAGGAUCCACAGGAUCAUUCAGGAAGACUGCCAGAAGCCAAAUCAUGUGGGGAAGGGCUGUCACUUCCGGCACAUCUUGGCCUGUGCACACCUGAGCGUCCACCCGGGCCUGAGUGAGGCUGUGCUGCAGCAGGUGCUGGAGCUCCUGGAGGACCAGAGUGACAUCGUGGGCACGGCAGAGCGCUACUACAUGGCCUUCUGAGCAGAGGCUUGUGGAGCAGCCGGGGAGCAGGAAGAGGACGCGCUCAGCACCCCAGGCCCUGCUCAUGAACAGCGAGCUGGAUCUUGCCUUUCUGCAAGCAGCUGCCUCAUAAUAAACCAUCAGUGACAGGCACCUGGGAAAUGGGACUGGGCUUUCCACGUGCUGCCUCCUUGGGAUGCAGUGACUCUGAUCUUAGCGAUGACACCCACGGGAACGCCUCACUGACCUCCUGGCUGGAGGCUCUCAGGGAGCAGAACGGGGAAAAAGUGCUGGUGGCUUCAUCCGUGCAUGGUCACUGACGUGGUAAAGGGACGUCACGGGGAACUGCAGAGCCCACGUGCAGAUCACAGUUCCAAACAUCUUACGACCGGUGGGCCCCUCUGAGGAGAAGGAGUGGGUGGGGGAUGAGUGUGCCACUUGCCUCUGCCUUUAGGGGCCGGCACCAGUGGCGGGGCGGGGCUCUGUGCUCGGCACUUUCCGGCUGAGUCUGAAGGCACUCCGCGAAUUGCCCAGCACUGCGUGACUGUCCCACCACGCCCAGGAGCUGGUGGGGCCUGCCAGCAGUGCCUGGCAGGCGAUAGAUGUUAUUCUCCAGGUUGCUACUAAGUGAGCAGGAUGUGCCCAGACAGGGGCGGGCUCUGAAUGACAAGGUAGAGGAAAACUGUCCGAGGCACAUAGCAAGCUUGUUCUAACAGAAAAAUGACAAAUUCAGCCAGCAAAAAUAAAGUGUGCAGAAAGA